AUGGCCCCAGCCGCAAGGCUAGCAACCUCGUCUGCAAUGCUGCUCUUUGCAAGCACAAUUGCGGCUCAAGCGAUAACACCUGCUCCGUCUACGACAGGAGCGGCUACGAGUCCAUCGAUAACCGCCGUUUCUGAUUGCCAUGCUCAUGGAACGGUCCAGUACUGUGUGGCAGGUACCGAAGAGUACCAGGUUGUCGGACCGACGCGAACAGAGGAGUUCGAGUCGCAAUACACAGGUUGCCAUCUCCACGGAAGCGAAACUAUGUGUAUGGACUCCAAGGGCGAAGAGGUCACUAUACUAGUCGAGUCUCACGAAGAACCCGCGGACGAAGAGCAUGAUGAUGACCACGGUCAUGAUCACGGUGAAGAGUCGGAGUCGGGUGAGGUCGCCUGCCAUUUCCAUGCCGGCGUAGAACACUGCACUGGUCCUGGAGAAGAAGAAGAGUCCACUGGCAAGCAGCAGUGCGAAAGAAGAGAUAGGGAGUACAACGUGCCCCUUCGGGUUGGUCUGCUCUUUGUGAUCCUCGCGACUGGCACCUUUGGUGUCUUCAUGCCCAUCCUCGCGUCGAAGUUCACCCGGAUGUCGCAGAAGAGCAUCUUCUUUGUCAUCCUCAAGCAGUUCGGUACGGGAGUUGUCUUGUCGACUGCCUUCAUUCACCUCUUCACGCAUGCUGAGCUCACGUUUGCCAACGACUGUCUUGGCCCCCUCGCAUAUGAGUCAACCACCGCUGCUAUCUUUUUGGCAGGAUUCUUCCUCUCUUUCCUUGUUGAUUACCUGGGCGCUCGUAUCAUCAUGUGGCGCCAGAAUAAGAAAGCGAUCCAUGAUGCCGAAGGCCAUACCACGCCCACUUCUGCUGAUGCGAAAGGAGAGGCCACUCCCGAUAGCGGUGUGGCACGGGCAGAUGAGGACGAUCGCAGCAGCCACGUCCAUGUCCACGGCAACAAUGAAGAGAAGGUCGGCGUGUGGGUCCUCGAGGCUGGCGUGAUCUUCCACUCUCUGCUCAUUGGCCUUACGCUUGUGGUGGCCGGAGACUCUUUCUUCUUGACUCUUUUCGCCGUCAUCAUCUUCCACCAGAUGUUCGAAGGCAUUGCCCUGGGGACAUGCAUUGCCGGUCUCCCCGCACAAUCGGCCUCUUUCCUCCAAAAGUGCAUGAUGGCCGUUGCAUUCGGUCUCAUCACGCCUCUGGGGAUGGCCAUCGGCAUCGGCGUUCUGGAUCGCUUCAACGGGAACGACCCUUCGACGCUCGUCGCCAUCGGCACGCUAGACGCCUUUUCUGCGGGCAUCCUAGCGUGGGUCGGUAUUGUGGAGAUGCUUGCACGAGACUGGCUGCACGGCCCGCUGCAUAGUAGCUCUCCCUUGCGGACCAUUGUUGCUAUGGUUUCGCUGAUUGCAGGGCUGGCUUUGAUGAGCCUCCUGGGUAAAUGGACAUGA